AUGUCUAACCCCUACGGUAACCCCUUCGGCGACAGUCCCUCCGAAUCUCGAAAGCAGAGUGCUGGGGCGAGCCUCUACGAUCUCAUCCCCCCUGGCUGGGAAUCUGGUGCCUCCGUCGAGGAAUUGCGGAAGAGACAGACGGACCAGCCGACCAUGAAUUUCAUCGAGCAAGGGAACGACGGCUUCGAGGCUGACACCACGCCCACUGAGGACGUUCACAUUGAUGAUGAGGGCGAGACCGAGACCGAGAGCAAGGAGGAGCAGGGAUGGAUCCUGCCCGAGGAGAAGGAGCCGAGUAAGCAGGAGAGUGGCUUCACCGAGGUCCACAGCGAGCCCGUCAGCCGGGAACCCACCCGGGACGUUUCGCUCACCACCGACGACGAGGAGGAGAAGGACAAGCCCUCGUCGCUGAUGAUGACCGUGGGCGAGUACACCAAGCACGGCGAGGGCAUGGGCUCCUUCGUGUCUUACAAGGUUAACGUCAAGACCAACUUGGUUCAGUACCACAAGAGCGAGUUCACAACGGACAGGCGAUAUAACGACUUCGUCUGGCUCUUCGACAAGAUGAAGGAGAGCUUCAAGGGCUACAUCAUCCCUCCCCUCCCCGACAAGACCAUCAUCCAGAACCGCUUCGACCCGCAGUUCAUCGAGGCCCGCCGCCGUGAGCUGGGCAAGUUCCUCACCCGUCUGGCCGACCACCCGGUCCUCGCCGCCUCCGAGGUGCUCCAGACCUUCCUCGAGUCCGAUGCCGAGGAGUUCUCCGCCGCCAAGACCAAGAAGCCGCCGGCCACCGUCACCAAGAAGGUCUUCUCGUGGAUGUCCUCCACCGUCACCCAGCAGCUCUCCCCCGCCGUCGAAGUCGACACGUGGUUCGGCGACAAGAAGCAGUACCUUCAGGACUUGGAGUCGGCCCUCGAGGCCUGCCUCAAGACCUCGGGCACCGUCCUGGUCAAGGAGAAAGAGCUUGUGGGCGCGCUGUAUGAGUUCGGGCUGGGCGCGUCGGCGGUGGGCAAGGCCGAGGCCGAGGUCGACCCCACGCUCAGCAAGCACUGGCUCAAGUUCGGCGAUCUGUGCGAGCAGGUCCGAGUGCUCAAGCAGGAGGCCGUCUCCAGCCAGGAGAUCCGUUUCGAGGAGGUGGCCCACGACUACCGACGCGUCAUCGCCUCGGCCAAGCAGGCCAUGGAGGCCCGCCUGACGGCCCUCGCCGAGUUCCAGCACGCCGAGAAGAUCGCCAACACCAAGAAGGAGAAGAAGGAGAAGAUCGCCGGUACGCCCAAGGCUGGCGCCGCCGAGGCCGAGUACGAGGAGGCUCGGCAAAAGCAGGAGAGUGCCAAGGAGGAGUUCGAGAUGAUCAGCGAGAUCCUCCGCAAGGAGCUCGAUAGGUUCGAGAAGACCAAGGGCAAGGAGAUGUCCAAGUCCCUCAAGGACUACGCCAAGGAGAACAUGGACACCACCGUCCAGAUCUUGGACCAGUGGAAGAAGCUGCUCAACCAACUGCAGACCGCCAGCAUCUAA